CUCAUUGGCUGGCAGCGCGGAGUUAGUUACCGCGGUCCCCGGGCAGCGGGCGGCUGGCUGGGCGCUCGGCUUGCAGGGUGGCCGGAGCCGGCGGCCGUGCAUGGGAGGGCGCGCGGGCUUCAGACCCUUCCCAGAGGGCUGCGGUUCUUCGCGGCCGUCUUAAGUUCCGCGCCUGCCGGGGAGCCGCGGGGAGGCCAUGGCUGCCAUCGGCUUCAAGACUGCGGGCAGCGGCUUGUGGAAGGGUAACGGGGCUGGCUUACAGCUGGCCGCCGCCGUCUUCUGCCAGAGCUGCAGCUCCGCCGCCAGCAGCGGCCCCGGCGAGGGCAGGCGGGCGGGCUGGGGCCAGCAAAGGGCUCAGCACCAGUCUGCGGGGCAGUCCCCACCCCAGUCAGUCCCUGGCAGAGCCCGGAGAGCCGCGGAGCCCAGCCCGGCCGCAGGCAGUCCCCUGAGCAGCCAGCCCAGCCCUGCCGAGGGCGCCGACACUAAGUCCUACCUAUGGGCCAGAUACCACGAGAUGAAAAAACUGGUGUAUGAUCUUCUUCCACCAGGAGUCUGCAAUCUCCUUAACCCUGCAGCUAUCUACGCAAAUAAUGAGAUCAGCUUGAGAGAUGUUGAGAUCUAUGGCUUUGAUUAUGAUUAUACAUUAGCACAGUACUCUAAUUUAUUACACUCUAUGAUAUUCAACACUGCCAGAGACAUACUAAUUGAACAGUACAAGUAUCCAGAAGGACUCAAGAAAUACGAUUACCUUCCAGGAUUUGCCAUCAGAGGGCUUCACUAUGAUGUGCAAAAGAGUCUUCUGAUGAAGAUUGAUGCUUUCCAUUAUGUCCAGUUGGGGACUGCAUAUAGAGGGCUAAAGCCAGUGCCUGAUGAAGAGGUUAUUGAAUUGUAUGGUGGUACGCAGCACAUCCCGCUGUACCAGAUGAGUGACUUCUAUGGCAAGGGUCCUUCAAUUAAACAAUUCAUGGACAUCUUCUCCCUUCCUGAAAUGACCCUGCUCUCCUCAGUCAUUGACUAUUUCAUAAAUCAUGGCAUUGAGUUUGACCAGGUUCAUCUUUACAAGGACAUAUCUGAUGCCAUUAAAGAUGUGCACGUGAAAGGAAUGAUGUACAAAUGGAUUGAGAAGGACAUGGAGAAAUACAUUCUUCAUGGGGAUGAAACUUAUGCUGUCCUAAACAGACUGGUUAACCUCAACAAGAAACUCUUCCUUAUUACAAACAGCCCCUUCAGCUUUGUAGAUAAAGGAAUGAAACACAUGGUUGGCAAGAACUGGCGGGACCUCUUUGACAUGGUCAUUGUGCAAGCUGAUAAACCCACCUUUUUCACUGACAGACGCAAACCUUUUAGAAAAUUGGAUGACAAAGGCUCACUCCAAUGGGACAAAAUAAACAAACUAGAAAAGGGAAAGAUCUACAAACAGGGAAAUUUGUUUGAUUUUCUAAGGCUAACAGGUUGGCGUGGGUCCAAAGUACUUUAUUUUGGUGACCAUCUGUACAGCGAUCUUGCAGACUUGAUGCUGCGUCAUGGCUGGAGGACGGGAGCCAUUGUACCAGAACUGGAACCUGAAAUCCGGAUCAUUAAUACAGAGCAGUACAUGCACUCGCUGACCUGGCAACAGGCACUCACAGGGCUGCUGGAGAGAAUGCAGAUGUAUCAAGAUGCAGAAUCAAAGCAGGUGCUGCUGGAAUGGAUGCAAGAGCGUCAGGAAAUUAGGUCCCUUUCGAAGAACCUAUUCAAUCCUCAAUUUGGGAGCAUCUUCCGAACCUUCCACAACCCAACUUACUUCUCCCGGAGAUUGAUCCGGUUCUCUGAUAUCUACAUGGCAUCCAUCAGCUGCCUGCUGAACUAUGAUGUGAACUUCACCUUUUUCCCCCGGCGCACCCCUCUGCAGCACGAGGCGCCCCUCUGGAUGGAUCAGCUCUGCACCGGUUGUAUGAAGACCCCCUUCCUGGAGGAGAUGGUGCACAUCCGAUGAAGGGAAAGUGUGUGAGCUGAACUUUACAGUAAUGUAGUGCUAGAAUUGUUUGUACAAAGGGUCAGGCUGUUUGGCCAUGGAUUGUCUAUCGUUAAAGGUGAUUUUAACACGGGUGUGGGUUGUGCAUUGUGUGUUGUCCCUGACCAUCACUGAACCUUGCCUUCCAGCACUUCCAAAUAUCUUCCUUGCCAGCAAAUUGGUGCUUAAGUUAAAUGGAAGGGAGAUAUGAUUGACUAUUUUAACUAGCAAAGCAUUCUCAGAGUUGGGUAGGUAGAAGUAAAACAAUCACAGCAAGCUUCAUUUCAUGAGCCCCUAAAGUUUUUAGAACUCCAUCUUCAGUCCCUGCCCAAAUUCUGGCCCCAAUCUUCUUAUGGGGUAGCUGAAAUUAGGCUCCUAACACUGCAGUUAGGCACCUUAGCUAGAAGUGGCCCAAUUCUCAGAAGUGCUAAGCAAACCCACCACUCUUCUCUCCCAUAAAUUUAAAGCUUUAUUCAGCGCCUCUGAAAGCUGAUUUUAGGCAACCUAACUUUUGAAUGUUUUGGUCUGUGAAUAUAGUGGCUUUUUUCCUUCACUUAUAGAAACAGUUCAAAAGCUAAGAUCUUGACACACACUGCUUAGAAGGUGCAUUUUUGCAGCCUUUGAAAUUAAAAUAUGUACUUGCCAUCAUUUGCCAUGUCUUUGAGGAUUGUUUUGAAAAGCAUUGAAGCUAAAUUAAUCACUAGAUUAUAAUGGAUUUUAAAUCUUUGAUUAUGUCCUAGUCUUAAAUAUAUUUAAGUCAACACUUAGUUUUCAGUGUUAAAAUUUAUUUGCUGGAAAAAUCAAUUAAAACACUACCUUAAAUGACAUAGCUUUGUUUUAUAGUAAAGAGCUUAGAGCUCUCAUCUUUUCAAUAAGAUGAGAAAUGCCUUUGUAUUUGCACAAAUUGAAGUCAUGGGCUGGUGUGAAGCUACAGCACCCCCAAUGUAAAACUGAGAUUAGAAUAAGGCCUGUUCGUAUUCUUGACUCAUCAAGGCUGUUCCGACAGUUGUGGAAGAGAUUAUUCUGAUUCAGUAGGGGGGGGGGGGGGGAAGCAAUGAAGGAUAAAUUGUGAUCAGGCAUGGAGAGGUCAGUGAAUCUUGUGUUAAAUAUAUUUUUCCAAAAAAUGAAACCAGUGUUGUUGACAAUGGAUGGGGAUUACUUUAUGCCCUUUUUGGGUAGGAGACAGUGAUUUCUAGCUAUAGCUCUGCCUCGGCUUCUGUUUAGGUAGAAAAUUCACAAUGACAAACUUUAGAUUACUUUUUUUUUACAAGUGUAGAAUGUCUGUGUAACUGAAGGGGCGGAGCCACAGGAGUUGGAAAGGGCCAGGCCCAGCCAGAGAAGCAUAACUUCUGUGCUGCUGCUUUGCGAUGGAGUACUUUGCACACACCAUAUCACUUAAUCUCUUCUGCAUGCCACCAGGAAUCUUCCUACCGCUCUUUCAAGUAGUUGGAAAUAUUAUGACAAGGAUGAAAGCACUGAGAGCUGCUCCUAGACGGGGAUGCUAUUAAUAAUAAUCCUCCCUGCACCCUUCUCGGGUCAGAGCUGGCCUAUAAUUCAGCUUUGUCAGCUCUAUACAACCCAAAGCCGUAUGGAAACGUUACGCUGAAACCCAUGUUUUAAAACAUACCCCUGUAAUGUUUACACCCCAAACCUUUGUGUGCUAACCCAUGAGAACCUGUCUAAAGCUGAGAUAAAGAAAACGCUUUUCUGGUUUAAUCUUAAAAUAAAUGGUGGCAGAAGUAGUACAACACUCGAAAUGAAAUUUAGACUCUGCUUGUAUCGAACACGAGGGAUGCAGUCAGUUUACAUCCUUGCAAUUGUCAAAGGGGUUUCUACACACACAAAGCAGUAACAUCUGACUGAAGUCUAGAUCGCCAUAAAACAGACUUAUUAGCAUAAAUAUCCCUCCUCCCCAUUACAUCAACACCCUCUUUUUUCUGCCUGCCAAUAGAAAUUUUUGAGCUGUGCUUAAAAUCCGGGCAUGCUGUUUAUUUCCAUUUAGAGACACUUCCUCUUAGGGGAAGAAGCAAUUAAGUGGCUAACUGCUUUUCUGAAGAAAAGGCAUACAGCCUAUUUGAAGCCUUUUCUGCAGCCCAGCAUCAUCUCCCACAAUUCUGGUGUACAGUUUAGAAUUGCAAGGCUAUGGAUGGAGGCCCCAGUCUGGGCUCCCACUUGCCACCUCAUCUUUCUUUUAACUGCCUUUCUCCUUCCCUGUUCUGGGACUGAGCGGGGUUGGGUUUGCAACCACAGGAGCCUCUGCUGCAUGGGAAGAAGCACCCCUGAAAGCACCAUGUGAAAAAAGAAUGUUCUCCCAAGCUGACAGUGAGGGAAACGUGACUAGGAGGACCUCAUCCAGCCAUCCCAGGGGAAGUCUGGAAUGCAAGGACAAGAGGUUUGUGGGGCUCAAGUGCCCCACCCCAUCCCUCCCCCAUCUUGAAGUAGAUGCUGAAUGCUGUAGGGAAAGAGCUCCUAACAAAGCCCCUCUUCCCAAUGGCUGACCUGGCAGAGCAGGACUCAGAAGGCAGUUUUUAGAAGGCUUCAGGUACUGUGGAAGGCCACAGCAGCACACCUACAUCCACAAGCAGUAAAAAACAAAAACCCACAAGGAGCAAGAAAAACUAUUCACUGCCUCACCCUCCUGUGCUGAAGAAGGGGAGCUUUCUGACUCUCUUAAUCUGAGCAGGACUAAGGGAAAGCUCAACAAUGAUUUAUUUUUGGGUCUAUGUUCAAAAAGGCCUUUUAUAGGCCAUUACAAUGUGGACUUUGUCAUCUGCAGAGGCCUUGUUUUCCAGUAAGGGGCUGUAGGGCAUGUUCCUCUUAAUCCUCCUUACUUUUGUUCACUGCUCUCUACUUUCCAGACAUAGGAGAAUUGCAGGAGAUACUGGGCUGUAGAAUGUCUCAAUGCCCUUUCUGCUAGCAGCAUCUCCCACAAGCGUACCCUGUGGGCUCUCUGCCUAGUGCAUUGGGUUUCCUUUGAAGUUCUUUGUUACUGAUAUUUUUUUCUACAUAGCUUUGGAAUGAUUCAUGGGGCUGCAACUGUGAACCAACUCUGGGAGCUGCUGAAUGGAGGAGCUCAGACAUAGCAGGAUUGUGGGAAACCGUGGAAAGGAAAUGGAUGUUUGAAAUUUUCCAUUCAGUGUUAAGGCUAAAUUUGUGGCGUGAGAUGCUGAAGAUUACUGUAUUCCUCUUAUGCACUAAGGCAGCACAGCCAAGUGCAUGAUUUCCUUUACUGUGUGUAAGAUACGUUGCAGGAGCAGUACUUGCUUGCCCUAAAGAAAUCAGGGCAGAGUCCCCCAAGCACCAGCCCUGGAGUGUCUGCUUCUGAGGAGGAUGGAUUUGGUGGGGAAUGCUAAAUAACUUAUCAAGAGCUGUGAACUGACUGACUGCUGCAUAAUGAAAGUUUAUCAUGAUGGAACCUUGUUUUCUAUGUACUGUAGCAAAAGGUCAAGCUCAGGUUUGAGCACCUUUAAUCUGUAGCAAAGUUUUGGUACAUGAGACUUGUGCAGCUAGGGGAAGUAUAAGAAAUGGCAUCUUUCAUCUUGUGUGGGAAGAUACAGAAAUUUGUAAUUUCACCAUUCCACAUCACAAGAGUUUUAUCUGGGCUGAGAACAUUAGGAUAGGUGAACUUCAUUUUAAAAGCUACAUUGUAGACUUGUGCCUAUACAGAGAAUUCUUAGUGCAUGUGUGGCUUUGAAGGAGAAGGCUUUAUGUGCCUAGUAGACAGACUGCCAGUGGCUUAUUGCUCUGUGCCAAGUUUAAAUCCCAUAGCAGUUAGGGAAAAUGUGUAAAAUAAUCCAGUGCCAUAAAACAGUAUUAAUGCAACAGCUGUGAGGAUAGUAGGUAGAAUAAAAUGUUCUAGAAUAUCUCUGGCAGUGAGUAGCAACUCUAACCACAGUUGGGAACAUGAUACCUCACGUGCAUAAACAGGGUACCUGUCCUGGUGACUGGAUGUUAAAUGGCUUUGAGUUUUUUUUUUUAAACAUUGAAACUAUUCCACCUUUUGUUUGAACACCAAAAUAACUAGCAUUAAUGUAAAUAACUUGUUAAACAUUGCUAUAUCAUUUGAAUACUACUGCAUUCUCAAGUGAUGUAAUGUCUUGGACUAUCAUGUUGUGAUCUGUGACCCUGGAAUUGUAAUGUGUAUGCUGCAACAGAAGAAUGUUGCAUCUGCCAUGUUGUGGUGGCAACUUUACCACUUGACAGACUGGACAUCCUCUAGAUGCCUUUGCUAAGACAUAGUAUAGCCACCCAAAUUUGAUGUAAUUGGUCUUCAAAUAAAUAGGAAACUCAAGUGGAUGUUUGGCUCUCUGAAAAUUUAACACACCAAUGGUGGUUGUGUGGUUUGAGAAUAAUUUGGAAUGUAGCAUGUUAAAGUUCUUGUCUAAAUAACUUUCUGUAGCUCAUUAUGGUAGGUUCUUUUCUUCUAAACUUAUAUAGAAGUAUGGUAAAUAAAGUAUCACAGUAUGAAAUAA